CAACUCCCCUCUAUACUUCGUGACAUCGCGAAGCCAACAAUACUGUAUUGAUAGUACCAGAAAAUUAGAGGGAAACCGGCGACGUUUGAGCAUUAGUUAGCCUAGGUUAGAUGCGAAUCAAGCCUAUUUUCCUUGCACCUUGGCUACUGGGAGUUGAUACUCCGCCGAUGACACAAAACUCCAAGGGCACGACUCUGUUUCCUUCAUCAUUUGUUCUGGGACCAGUCUUCCGAGCAUUGUGAAGUCACAACUAUGAGCAUACCUCCUAUUCCGUUGCUGCUAUCUCCAGCUCUGCCCUCUGAACUGCUCACAUAUAUCUUAAACUACCACGUGCACCCCACGACCGUCAUCAUAUGUUCUUCGCGGACAGACUUUGUGGGAGCUCUCCAAGAAGACAUCCGGGAGCACAAAACCCACCAGGCGCCUGCUCAAAGAGUUCCAGGCAGCCAGGUCUUAUCGGCCGACAAGGAGCCACAGACCCUCUCACAUCCAGAGCUGCAGGGCCAAGAUGUUGCCCACCAUGGUCUUGUCUCCCAGACACUGGCCAAUCUUGCCGUCUCGCGACACAUGCGCACUGUAUAUAUCCCUACAGUCACCCACCUGAGGUCCUACGUAACGGUCUUUUCACCUAAAGACACCAAGAUUGUUGCCCCGCCGCAGGUGCACACCGCCCUUCGACGGACACAUCCUACGCUCGUCGUCUACGGCGUGAUAGAGAUGCACCGCGACACGAGUGAGUGGAGUGCGCAGGGCUUGGGCAACACGGUGGCAGCGCUCGUUGAGACAACGAACCGACUGGGCUGGGGUCUGGUAAUGGUGGAACCACGGGCAACGCGCAUCUUGGCACGUGAUGACGAGGAUGGAGCGCCGACCGGCCGCCAGAUAUGUGAUGACUUCAAGAGUCUGUUGAAGGAGCAGUUACCGAUCCUCAGUGGUAGUGCGAGGAGAGCUGGCCUGGAUUCUGAAGAGGGGGGGUGGUCUGGUAGGACCGUAGAGAUGGGAAGGACCAUGAGCCGGUGGUUCAAAUUUCAAGUAGGUAAUUGGGACAACGCCGAGGAUGGUGAUCAAGUGAGGACAUAGCAGACCCCAAAAGCAGGGU